AUUUUCUGACCAAUGAUACCUUUGCGUAUGGCGUCCUUAGUUCCAUGUUACUACCCUUCAUAAGUCUGCAUUGACUUUGUUUGAACAAAAUCACACAUCGAAGAAGUUGUUUGUUAGAAGAACGCACAUACAGCAAUCAUGUCUGAGAGAAAGGCCGUCAUUAAGAAUGCCGACAUGGCUGAAGACAUGCAGCAGGACUCCGUAGACUGCGCAACACAAGCUCUUGAGAAAUACAACAUUGAGAAGGACAUCGCCGCCUACAUCAAGAAAGAGUUCGACAAAAAGUACAACCCAACCUGGCAUUGUAUUGUUGGACGUAACUUCGGAAGCUACGUAACACACGAAACCAAGAAUUUCAUCUAUUUCUACCUAGGACAAGUCGCCAUCCUGCUCUUCAAAUCCGGAUAAACAUCACGAAUUGACUGUUUCAUUUCCAUUCGUCCUGAACCAAGAAUCAUUUGAACAGAUGAACAAAAGUGUCCUCAAGUCAUUACUUGGAAUUGAAGUUGACAAUUCUAUAAAACGAGUCAAAAGCAUUAUUAAAUGACCUUUGAGCCACAUUGGCCAGAUGUUAGUGCGACUCAAAGGACGUGUAUUAAAAAACAAUACGUUAUACCUCACGAUGAAAUUGGUGUAACAAUAAUUUUCUCUCUUUUUAUAUGUUUUGUUAAUAUAUUUAUAUGCAUUGUUGAAUAUAAAACACACGUUUACACAUA